AUCUUAUCAUCGGUACAGGUCCUCCUUGUGUGGCUUCCAGAUUUCUUAUAUUUGACAACAUCAUAUUUUGAUCAUCAUCCAAACUGAUAUGGCUUGUGAAGAGUUAAAAAAUACAGAUCCAAACUGGGAGACAGAGGAAGCUAUUGCUGAAGACUUAGAUCUUCCAAAGUGGUCUACUAAAAAUGUUGUUAAACUUUUGGAAGAAGGUUGCACAAUUCCGUUUAUAGCAAGAUAUCGUAAAGAAAUGACUGGAGGGAUGGAAGUUGAUAACCUCAGAGAUAUUCAGUCAUCUUUAGAAGACCUAAAACAUGUCCAGAAUAAAAUGGCUACUGUAUUGAAAGCUAUCAAUAAACUAGGCAAGCUUACACAAGGAUUAGAAAAAUGCCUGAAGAAUUCUAAAACAAUAACAGAGGUCGAUGAUUUGUAUGCCCCUUUCAAACCUGGACAUAAAGGUACACUAGCAGAAAGAGCCAGAGCUCUCAAUUUAGAACCCCUAGCUAUAACAUUCCUUGAAAGGCCAUGGGAAGGUAAACUUGAGCAGUAUGUGGAUCCAAAUGUUAAAGGGUUACAGAAAUUGUCAGAUGUAGAAACUGGUGUUAAGCAUAUACUAGCAGAUAUCAUACAUAAGCAUAAAGAUAGCAUGGAUUUUAUAAGAGGGUGGUCAAAAUACAGGGAUAUUAAGCUUGUCACUUCCGAAUGCAAACCAAAGAAGUCUGGAAAAAAUGACACAAAGACAGUAAAAACUGAAGACACAAAGAAAGUUGUAAAAAAAGAAGUGAACAUCAAGGAAGAAAGUAGACAUAAAUAUGAACAGUAUUUCAACUCUAAUUUUAAUGUCUGUUAUAUAAAACCACAUCAGGUGCUAGCAAUAAAUCGAGGGGAACACAACAAAUUUUUGACAGUUAAAAUAGACGUACCAGAUAAAGUAAAAUCAAUGUAUGAGAGACAAUGCAGUCAAAAUUUUAUUCACAGAACUCACCAAGGAACAUAUGCUAUGAACAUUAUUACCCAGGCAAUCAGUGAUGCAUAUGAAAGAUUGGCAUAUCCUCAAAUGAUAAGAUUGAUCAGGUCUGAAUUGACAAAAAAGGCUGAAAAAGCAUCAAUUGAUGUAUUUGCUACCAAUCUAAAGAAUUUACUUCUAGCUUCGCCUGUCAAGGGAAAGUGCAUUCUGGGUUUAGAUCCAGGAUUCAAAAAUGGUUGUAAAGUAGCAGUAAUAACAGCAACAGGCCAGAUUGUUCACACUGAGAUAGUUUAUAUCCAUGAUUAUAAAAGUAACAAGUACGAUGAGAAAAAGAAAAUUUUGCAGAUGAUCAAACAAUAUGGGUGUGAGAUUUUUGCUAUCGGAAAUGGAGUUGCUUGUAGAGAGUCAGAAACUUAUGUAUCUAACCUGAUUAAAGAGGAACACCUGAAGAUGAAUUACUGUGUGGUAGAUGAGAGUGGAGCAUCCAUAUACAGUGUGUCUGAUCAGGCCAAGAAGGAAUUACCUACUUUAGAUCCUUCACUCAGAGGGGCAGUAUCUAUAGCAAGAAGAUUAUUGGAUCCUCUAGCAGAACUUGUAAAAAUAGAGCCCAAACAUAUAGGUGUAGGACAGUACCAGCAUGACAUGCCAGAGAACCAACUAAAGUUGUCAUUAGAUUCAGUGGUGGAAGAAUGUGUCAGUUUUGUAGGAGUAGAUGUAAACACUGGGAGUGAGAGUUUACUCAGGAGAAUAGCAGGCUUAAAUUCUACAAGAGCUAAGAAAAUCAUAGAAUGGAGAGAAAGCAAUGGUUUGUUUGUCAACAGAGGACAAGUAAAAUGUGUGAAGGGUAUUGGUGACAAGUCUUACGAACAGUGUGCAGGCUUUAUCAGAGUCAUUGCUUCACUUGAAGGACAGACUGAAAAAUGUAAAGAAGAACCUGAAGAAACGAAAACAGAACCCGAAGAAAUGAAAACCGGAAGAAAAAGAAAGAAACCUACAGCUGGUGGUGGGAAGGCCAAAAAGAAGAAAGACUCCCUCAGUCUUGAACCUAACAUCCUAGAUACAACAUGGAUACAUCCAGAAUCUUAUGGUGCAGCAGAAAGUUUAAUGCAGAUGAUAGGAGUCAGCAAAGAAAACCUUGGCCAAGAGGUGUUCAUCAGAGAGGUACAGAUUCAUAUGAAGACCAAAACCACAGAGGAAUUGGCAGCUACCCUUGCAGUAGGAGAACCAACAGUUGAUCUGAUUGUCAAAGCAUUCCUUAAACCACAUUCCUAUGAUUACAGAGAAGGUUUUGAGAAACCAUUAUUUAGAAAAGAAAUUCAAGACAUUAAUUCAUUAAAAAAUGGAACAAUCUUGACAGGAAAAAUAACAAAUGUUACACAUUUUGGAGCAUUUGUAGAUAUAGGUGUAGGACAAAAUGGACUGAUACAUGUAUCAAAAAUGAAAAAUACAAAGUUAAAUCUUGGAGAUAAAGUAUCUGUGAAAGUAAUCUCACUUGAACUGAGCAAGAAAAGAAUUGGACUGGAAAUUCAUUGCACUUGAAAAAGCUUUUCUUGUUUACUAGUGUCAAAUGUAAAUAGAUAUCAGAAUCAGGAAAAAGAUUGAAGAUUGAUCAUCACUGAUGCAAACAAGGAAGGAUAACAAUUAAGAUGGAAGUGUGGGGAACUACAUAUGAACUUUGAUAUUAAGAACCAUCAGUAGAACAGUUAUGGACCAAAAUAUGAAUAUAUAAUGAAAUGAAGAUGUUUUGUUUUCAGCAUUAUAUAGAUAGAUGAAUCAUUGUUGGGAUUUUUUUUGUAUUGUAGUUUGAUCAAUAUUUCUUUUUCUCUAGAUUGUAAUUUUAUUGAUUUUUUGAUGGAUUUACAAGUAUUAAAUUGAUAAGAUUGUUGUCUCAACAACAUCACUUCACAGUAAAGGCACAGUCGUUAGGAUAUAAAUACAUCUUAGUGUAGCCAUGCUAUUGAAAGUGAAUGUAAAAAAGUCAAAUAAAUAGACUGAAACAAUAUAUAUAAAUAGAAUGUCAACAUGGAGAAGAAAGUAAAAUAAAUUGUUCAAAUAUGAAGUCUUUGUUUUAAAAAAUU